CUUCAGAAGCCAGUAGUGAAGGCAGAGCCCCUUGAUAAAUGUGCUGUAGCUGAUUCUGAGCAGAUUCAAUGUGGGCUACCUGGGAUCAGUGGUGCUGCGUGUGACGCUAUCAACUGCUGCUUUAAGGGACAACAGUGUUUCUAUGGGAGGGCGGUGACUGUCCAGUGUAUUAGAGAUGGUCAGUUUGUGGUAGUGGUGUCUAGAGACGUUACUCUGCCUCGACUGAGUCUGGAUUCAGUUCAUCUACUGGGUGGAAACGACCCACCUUGUGCUCCUGUGGGGUCCACAUCUUCCUUUGCUAUAUACCAGUUCCCUGUGACCGCAUGUGGCACAAGCGUGAUGGAGGACAGCAGAUCUGUGGUGUAUGAAAACCGAAUGACCUCAUCCUAUGAAGUGGGGAUUGGACCAUAUGGUUCCAUCACAAGGGACAGUCAUUUUGAGUUUCUCUUCCAGUGUAGAUACUCUGGAACUUCUGUGGAAGCUCUGGUUGUGGAGGUCAACUCUGUUCCUCCACCUCCACCAGUAGCUGCUCCUGGACCUCUCAGGGUGGAGCUCAGGCUGGCCAAUGGCCAAUGUGUCACCAAAGGCUGUGCUGACGGGGAUGAGGCCUACACAUCCUACUACAGUGACGCUGAUUAUCCCAUCACAAAAGUCCUGCGGGAGCCCGUGUAUGUUGAGGUGCACAUUAUGGAGAGGACUGACCCCAACAUUGUCCUCAUGCUGGGACGUUGUUGGACUACUUCAACCCCCAGUCCACUCAGUCUCCCCCAGUGGGACCUUCGGAUCGAUGGAUGCCCUUACCAGGACGACAGUUAUCUGACCACACUGGUGCCAGUGACCGGAUCGUCUGGUCUUCAGUUCCCAACCCAUUACAAGCGCUUUGUUGUGAAGAUGUUCACAUUUGUAGAUCCAGCCUCACUGGCUGCUCUGAAGGAAACCAUCUUCAUCCACUGCAGUACAGAGGUGUGCCAUCCAUCAUCCGGCUCUUGUGAGCAAAGCUGCACCAGGAAACGACGAGAUCCCCCAUAUCAAGGCCGUCUCUGGGGAGCAGACUGUGGUUUCUAGUGGAGAAGUUACUCUGGUCAUGUAAAUCUAGUGGUUUUCUUUUAAAUAAACUUUGC